UGAUGAUGAUGAUGAUGAUGAUGAUGAUAUAGCACAGCAAAUGCGAUGACGAAGAUAAUACUACAGAAUAUCGGUUUGAUGAUAAAGAAUUUGAAAACCAUUUCCCUUUUUUUUCUUUCACAGGACACCUUGCUACACAGUCAAUAAGCCCCCACCCAAGACAGAUUCAGAUGAUACCGUGGCGACCUGACAAAACUUCAAUACUGGCUCUCCAGUGGCGUACGCUUCAAAAGGAAGGAAUUAUACGGAUUUUACUCUCCCUUGUCGCUGCCAUAAUGGAUGGAGGUGGAACCGAAAACGAUCCAGGAACCGGACUGCACGGUUCAACCGAUUGUCAUAGAACCGGAGUCUAAAAUUGAUUGCUGCUUCGAAAUAAUCAGAAUGCGAUUGACAAAAACUCGGAACGGGAAAUUACGAUGGCUAUGAAGGAGGACUGAAGAUUCAACUUAAAUUGAAUUAUAAUGGAAUCUUAUUUGUGUAGUUUUUUAAAUGUCUUUUAAACUGUGUUAACCGAGUCUGUGUUUAGAUCUAACCACCAGGCUCUUUGCCGUCAUAUUCAGAGUCACGGGUUCGAUUCUCGUGACAGGAUGUUUUUAACUGAGUAUCUCCAUCGGUUUGCCUCGAUCUUGUAUUUCUCUCAGCCUGCGUUGGUCAUGGCAGGUAGAAGGUUUGGAGCAACCCGGCUACUAAAUUAUCUAAAUUGUGUAGAAAAGGGUGUAAAAUAUUUACAAUAAGGAUAAUAUAUACAAUAUUAUAAGUCUGUGUCCCUCGUUGCCGUCGUGUGCAGAAAUGGCUACAACCAAUACAUCUUCGACUUCACCCCCACCAGGCACUACCACAACGCCUGAGGAGACUGGUGCCACAACCACAACAGAAAUACCAGACACUAUAAACAGCAUCACAUCACACCCAGACGCGGAAACCCCGCCCCUGGGCGGCGCCUCAUCGACGAGGGACGUCCCAUCAGGCUCGACGUCAUCACGGUAUCCACCAAUAGAAUUCGACUUCCUGGAUACGAUUCAACCGUCAGAUUUGUACCUACCCGAUGGAGACGUUGAUUCAUUUUUUACCACGACCAUCUCGCCCCUCAGUAACGGGACAGUGUCUCUAUGUUUGAACGUAGGGAAGAGUAAUGUGACUGCGAACAUCAGCGUCGCUCAUAAUUUGUGCGCGGGUGGCAAUGAGGAAGUGACGCAAGAGUUCAGCGACAGUGACUUAUGGGCGGAAAACGAACACUUCGCGGAAACGGUUAUUCCAGCUAUGGUCUUCGUCGGGUUGUUAAUGGUCAUAGGCAUUUUGGGGAACCUUCUCGUCGUUUACGUGUACGGUUUUCGGUUCAAAUCCGCUACGCAGCACUUUCUCAUCGUGUGCCUGGCGUGUUUUGAUCUCCUAAUGGGCGCCCUCGCGAUGCCGACGGAGAUUGCAGACAUGAGGUACCACCACACUUUCGACUCUGCCUUCGCCUGUAAACUGCUCCGCUUCAUCACCAUGUUCUCGUCCAUAUCCUCCAGCUUCACUCUGGUUACUAUCGCGGUUGACCGACACAAGCGAGUGACCAGACCGCUGACCAAGCAGAUGGCCAUGCGGAAAGCCAAAGUUUGGGAAGUCAUCAACGUUCUAGCUGCUCUCUUCUUCUCCUGGCCGACCUUGGUCCUGACUGGGCUCCGUACGUCCGAGACUCGCGUCCCCGAUCUGCUGGGCACGGACUGUUCCUUCAGUGACGAGUAUCGCUUCACCAAGUUCCCUCUCGUCUACAACGUCGUCUUAGGCACCGGCUUCCUUACCCUUAUCACUAUCAUCGGCGUGUUGUACUUCCGGAUCUGGAAGACAGUCAAAGGUCACCGCGUGCACAUGUCUAAGAUCCCUCGCAGCUCGCAGUCGGGGACUUCAGCCUACGAGAUCAGGAAGGAAGAAAUCGAUGUGGGAGCUUCGGCGAGGGAGGGGAAUCUGAGUCGUCCAGAAGGUAAUCCUUACUGCGUGUUGAGCAGGAACAGUGGCGGAAUGAUGGAUCAAGACCUCAGCCCUCAGCUGAGCAUUCAGACCGCAGACUCUCCACUCAGUCCGCGGACCGCUCGGGCAAUCUGUGACGUCACUGAAGUUGUUGGAGAGAAGAAUGGAGAGAGUGAUAACGACUCAAGACUUCUUCAGUUGGUCUUAACAAAUGGAAAAGACAGAAACGCGACUGCUUUAUUCACGAAACCGAAACGUUCUACUAAAAAAAGAGGCACUGCUAGUAUGAAAGAACGGAACUUUAAACUUGGUGACGUCAUAACUUGCUCGAACUGUCACCAGACGUUAGAUAAAUGCGGCGUCUUUUGCGCUCCUCAACUCAAGAAGAAGAAAGCUACUUCACUCAAACUCCCGCCAAAAAGUUACCAAGCUCAAGAUUCUAAUCUUCUCCCCCACAAACAGCAUCCUGCCACCCCUGCUCCUGUAAUGGCUUCACCCGCCGUGACGUCAUCUCCGAGUCUGUCUUACAAGAGCCUCAAGGGUAGUCCAAUGCUACGUGCAAGGGCUCUCAACCCACAAAAUAGUCUUAGUCUCAGCAUUAAAAGUGAGGAUCUGCGGCCAAUGUCUUCUUUGUUAGACUCCGUGUCUAAAUCUCUGGCAGAUUCCAGCAAGAUGUCUGCUUUGACGACCAUGUUGCCGACUUUGGACGGACAUUGUGAAGAAAUGGCUAGUGGUCCGAACGUAAGUACAGCUGUGCCAUGCUUGGGAACUGUAUCUUCGACAGGUGGGAGAGAAAUUGUUUCUGACAGGCAUGGACUUACGUUGGACGGUAAUAGAAAUGUUUCUAGCCUUUCAACCGAUGUGAGUUUGGAGGAACCAAUCGAAGAAGAGCAGAGUGGGGAUGAAACCUCUUCAGACUUCGUUCGCUUUCAGCACAGCCCGAAUGACAGUAUCGGAAAUGGACCUUGUCAGUGUGUGGGCCCAAAACGAGAAGCAGCAACAGCAGCAGUUUUCUGUCAAAGACAUCAUUUAGAAGUUAUCGUUGAUGACAAUGAAACAUCCGAUACAAAUAACGAGGAGAUAGAUGAUAUCUCACAACUGUCACCCAUUCAACGUGACCGUUAUGAAAUCAGAAAUACGUCUGGAGGGAAUACGGAUGAAAGCUUUAAGGACAACAUUACUCAGAGAAAAUGUUUGUGUUCGGCCAAAGACGAUAUUGACAUUUGUACUUGCUCUCAGCCUCACAACAAUGCCGUCCACCUGUUACAGGCAGAGUCAGAGAGAAACGCUGCGGGUUCAAACCGGUUCUCAGUCACUGGAUCUUUGCCGGAAGUUUCCCCAGCAAACGGCAUUUCAGCGGCACAAAGUUUCAGUUCGUUUCAGCAAAAAAGUUUGCCUAUGGCCAUACCAGAGCGGUUCCGAGAGGAGUUUAAAGAGCAAGUAUUUGCGUCACCCUCUGAUCUUUACAAAAACAACGGACAGGAAAACAAUUCUUGCAACGAUCUUUCAGAUCCAAUCGGUUCCCAAAGAAUAGAAUUCACAAGAACCGGAUUCACUCGAACCGGAUUCGACUCACCAAUAGCUCAAAGUCCAAACCCCAAUCGACGCAGUACAUCGCCGUCUGUGCUCGAGAACUGCCGGAUCAAAUCCGGUUCCAUGGCCUCUUUAGAUAACUUGACAAUGUCGCGGGGAAAGAACAAAAGCGAAUCCCGACGAAUCGACAAAACCACGGUCGUGGCGUUCGCGGUGAGCUCUGUGUUUGUCCUCAGUUUCGUCCCCUAUCUCACGCUGAUGUUUGUGCGAGCCUUCAUCAAAGACUUCGACUACAAUCUGGACGGGGCAGCCCUGUGGCUCUACAACAUCUUUGUCCGGUUCUACUUUCUAAACUCGGCGCUCAAUCCGAUUCUUUACGGUCUUCUCAACGAAAGAUUUCGCCAAGAAUGUCGACGCUUGCUGAGAUGUUGCGGGAACAACAAGAAAACUGACGACUGUGUCUAGGCCAAAGAGGUUAUAGUUAUUGAGGUUUGGUCUAGGUAACUCGGACACUGAGCACGCGAAAACGCACAUGGCAAUGGCAGCUUUUUUGUGGUUUGACAUCGGAAUUUCAUUUUAAAUUCAUUUUAACUAUUAGUAAAAGUU